GAAUGGUCGUUUGGAUGUGGUGAGAUAUCUCCUAUCUUGUGCUCAUUGUGAUCCAAUGGUUGGGAAUGAGGAUGGAUGGAAUUCUCUUCACGCUGCCUGCUUAAGUGGUAAUGUGGAGUUGGUAAAGUAUCUUAAAACCAAAUGUCAGUGUGACCCGAAAGUUGGAAAUCAGCAUGGGUGGAAUUGUCUUCAUGCUGCUUGUUUAUAUAAUGGAGUGGGUAUUGUGAGAUACCUGAUGAGUCUUGUUGAUCCAAUGGCUGGGAAUAAUGAUGGAUGGAACUCUCUUCACAUUGCUUGCUUAAUGAGAAAUAUGGAGGUAGUAAGGUAUCUGGUGACUGAAGCUAGCUGUGACCCCAGUGUUGGAAAUAGUGAGGGAUGGACUCCACUUCACACUGCUUGCUGGUAU